AUGGCGGAAGAGGAGGCCGUUUCGUUCGGGGUCGGUGGUGUUGGCAGCAAGGCGGUUUGGCGGUUUGGCGAGGGUCGUCUUCAACAAGCCACCUUGGACCUCCUGGCAGGAUGUGACGUCCAAUUCCGCCGCGAAACCCGUCUUGACAUCGCCCUGGUCAAGAACCUCCCGAUCGCCCUUAUCUUCCUCCCCGCCGCAGAUAUCCCAACCUUCAUUGGUGAGGGACGAGUUGACCUUGGUAUCACUGGUCGCGACCAGGUUGCCGAGCACGACGCAAACCUUCCCCAGGGCGAAGUUUCCGGAGUGGAGGAGAUCCUCGACCUCGGGUUCGGUGGCUGCAAGCUGCAGGUGCAGGUCCCGGAGAAGGGUGACAUUACGGAAUCGAAGCAGUUGGUCGGCCGCAAUGUCGUGACUAGCUUCACUGCUCUUUCUGAGGCAUUUUUCGCCGGGCUUGAGGGUGCCGGAGAGCCCAAGUGCUCGCGCACCAACAUCAAGUACGUUGGCGGCAGUGUCGAGGCCGCCUGUGCCCUGGGUGUCGCUGACGGCAUUGUUGACUUGGUUGAGUCCGGUGAGACCAUGAAGGCUGCUGGUCUCAAGGCCAUUGACACCGUUGUCGAGAGCACUGCCAUUCUGGUCAAGUCCAGAAACACCAAGAACCCCAUCGUGGACCUCAUUCUCCCCCGUAUCCGCGGUGUUAUCACCGCUCAGAAGUUUGUCCUCUGCCAGUACAACAUCCCCCGCGUGGAGUUGGCUACCGCCUCGAAAAUCACUCCCGGCAAGCGUGCUCCCACCAUCACUGCCCUCGAGGAGGAUGGCUGGGUUGCCGUCAGCUCGAUGGUCGAGAAGAAGAAGAUCGCCACUGUCAUGGACGACCUGUCCAAGGCCGGCGCAACCGAUAUUCUGGUCAUGAACAUUGCCAACUCAAGAACGGAUUAAGAAUAGACCGGACUGGACUGUUGUGUUCUUAGUUGUUUUCUUAGCUUAGUUUGGCGUCGUUUCCUUAUAUCUUUUUGUUUCUAGAAUUUUUGGCUCAAUAUCUUCGUCUUCGGUGUUAUCUUAUUUUAUAUUUCUUUUCUUCUUGAUGUUGGAACUUGUGGAGUGCAAAACAAAAACAUUUCCUACUUUCAAAAUAGAUUACGGUGUAUGAGAUGAGACCUAUAAACAGAAAAAAAGAAAAGGCUUAUAUAUGAUACUAGAUUUCUCUAUACAUGCAUGC